AUGGCGCCCAAGCGUGCCGCACCCGCCUCGCCGACCGCGUCCGGCAGCCGCAAGAGCCUGCGCACCUCCUCCUCGCAGGCCAAGGCCGCGCCAGAGGAGGAUGCGCUCGAGGAGCAGCUGCCUGAGAUCGACGAUGCUCUGCUGCUAGCGGCGGCAGAAGAGGCAGAGCGGCGAGCCAGCGUGCCGCGCUCGUCGCAGCCCGAGGCGCAGGAGAAGGCCAAGCCAGAGAGGCCGGCUGCUGGCCUGCUGGCGGACGAUGCAGACCCGCUUGCGAUGGAGCGACGCACCAUGCAUCCGGAGUGGUUCGGACGCCUGGAGAAAAGCAUGGCGGCGCCGAGCUUCAAGCAGCUAAAGAGCUUCCUGGCGAGCGAGGCAAAGGCGGGCAUCACUGUCUAUCCACCACCCGAGCUGGUCCACAGCUGGAGCAGGCUCACGCCGCCGAGCAACGUCAAGAUUGUGAUCCUGGGGCAAGACCCGUACCAUGGGCCGGGCCAAGCGUGCGGCACAUCCUUCUCGGUGCCUCGCUCUGUGCCGGCGCCGCCGAGCCUCAAGAACAUGUACAAGGAGCUGCGUGCCGAGUACGGCAACGACUUUGCGGUGCCGAGCCAUGGCUGCCUCGACGGCUGGGCAAAGCAGGGCGUGCUGCUUCUCAAUGCGUGCCUAACCGUCCGCGCCGGCGCCGCAGCGUCGCAUCACGGCAAGGGCUGGGAGCCCUUCACGCGAGCCGUGCUACAAGCAGUCGCAGCAGAUGCUGCCCGCGCUGGUCCUGGCGCAGCCUCUGGCGCCAAGCCGGCUGCGGCCGCGCCGCCCAAGGGACAAGGCACGAUCACCGGCAUGUUCGCAAAGCAGAAGAAGCAGCAGAGCAGCGACAAGGGCCCGCAGGCUGCGGAGGAAGCACCGGCGAUUGCGCCUGCAGCCGAUGCGGCGCCAUCCGCACCGCAAGGCGCGGACGAGAAGCAGGGCGGCGUGGUGUUCCUCGCUUGGGGCCUGCCGGCCGCCAAGAGCCUAGCAGACGCCGGCAUCACCGACGCGUCGCCGAACGUGCUGGUGCUCAAGUCUGCGCACCCGAGCCCGCUGUCUGCUCACCGCGGCUUCUUCCGGGCUGCAGCGACGCCCAAGCUGCCCAGUCUCUUCAAGGAGGCCAACGACUGGCUCGAGCAGCCCGGGCGCCGCGGGCCCGGCGGAGGCGUGCGGUGGGGCGAGCUGUAG